CCAGGAGCCAAGACUGAAGACAUCGCUAACAGUUAAACUUGCCCUGAGGCUGGUGUUGCAGGUGAACCAGAUACGGCAGGAUCAGAGCCACAGUGUCUCCAGGAUCAUCAUUCUAGCCAAGACUGAAGAGAUCACUAACUUUCCUUGAGGCUGGUGUUGCAAGUGAACCAGAUACGGCAGGAUCACAGCCACAUGCAGGUCUAAUCCAUCCCUUUUGAGGCUGAGCUGUCACCAUUAUGAGCAGUUGAGAGUUGUUACUAUCACUAAAGCUGUGGCUGCUACUGAUGAUAUUGAUUGUAUCCAAGCCUUGAGUAAGCUAGUGAGGUUACAGAGACAUUGGAAGCAAGUCACUGUCUGAAAUGAGUGACAACCUUGCUAAACAACUCUACUAUGCUAGUAAUGGUGGUCGUGACCAAGAAGUGCUUGAGCUGCUACAGAGAGGAGCUCCACCCAACAACAGUGACUGCUACACUAGAGAGCAGCGUGGAAAGACUCCACUACACAUGGCAUGUGCUCACAACCAUCUCCGCAGUGCAGAACUACUCAUCAAGUUUGGAGCAAUUGUAGCUCCUACAGAUAACAAUGGUUGGACCCCCUUACACUGGGCAUGUGCCUACAACAAUAAGGCCACUGCUAAGCUGUUACUGGAGCACCACUGUCCCACAGAUAUCAAGAACAGCGGUGGACAGACUGCUACUGAUAACGCCAGAGUGCAUGGGUACCGUGACUUGGCUAAAUAUGUGGAGAGGUUCCAGCCUGGACCUAGAGAUCCUCUGUCCUCGUACCCAACACUGGAACAGCUGAGUCAGCUGGAAUGUGACCAAUGGCUUCAACUUGGUGUUCGCUUGAGAUUGGAAAAUGACCAACUGGAAACCAUAAAGAAGAGCCAACAUCCCACAGCAGCAACUCUCCAGGCAGCCAAAAUCAAGAAUAUUGACAUGCAGUGGAAGGAUAUUGUGGAAGUUCUAGUGAGCAUUGGAGAGUACAAGUUGGCAGAGAGAGUGUGCACUCAGCAAGGGGAAGGUGAAAGUGCUCUGUCAGUGAGUGCAUUCUAUGGCUGGCUGGACUGGGUCAAGCAUCUUGUGGAAACUGUGGGCCUCAAUCCUAAAGAGCCAGUCAACAAGGCUGGUGACACCCCACUCUCUCUAGCCUGUGCUAAUGGCCACUUGGACACUGUCAAGUACCUUGUGAACCAGCAUCAUUGUGAUCCUAAAAGUACAGUCAACAAGGCUGGUGACACCCCACUCUCUCUGGCCUACAAAGGUGGACACUGGGAAGUGGUCAAGUAUCUCGCCAUCACUCAUCACUGUGAUACAACAAUGGCAGUGAAUAAGGCUGGAGACACUCCUCUUUCUAGUGCGUGUUACCGUGGUGACCUGGAGAUGGUCAAAGCUAUCAUCAGCAAGCAUGUUGAUCCAAAUAAGCCAGUCAACAAGGCUGGUGACACCCCACUCUCUCUGGCUUACAAAAGUGGACACUGGGAAGUGGUCAAGUAUCUCUCCAUCACUCAUCACUGUGAUACAAAAAGUGUUCUACUACUAGCCAUAACGCAUAAUUGUGAGGUAAAAGUGGAGUUUUUAUUGGCAGAAUGCCACAGUGAUCCGAAUGUGACCAGCAAAGAUGGCAAGACACCUCUCGAUUUCUCCAACAACCCUAAGAUCAUAAAACUCCUCUUGAAACAUGGAGCCAAGGCUGCCAAUGUCUACAAGGAACACAGCAAGUUCAUCGGAAAGCUCUCCUCCGAGCGACCCCCACACCUUCCUCUGUCUGUGCUCAUCAUUGGUGAUGGUGGCGUGGGGAAGAGCACUCUGUUGAAGUCCAUUCUGAGCCCAAAAGGGUUUUGGUCUAAACUACAGAAGGCAAAACCCGUAGAUGGUGUCGAUGCAAAGACAGUGGGUAUCAUUCCGUACGAAAUAUACACCAAAGAGUUUGGGAGGAUCAUCUACUUUGAUUUUGCUGGCCAGAAAGAGUUUUACACGAGCCACUGUGCCAUUCUGGAGAAUGCUGUUCAAAUCUCACCACCCAUCAUUAUCCUCUGUGCUAAGCUUGUAGAAAGUGAGCAGGCGAUUAUUGAUUCCAUGUAUCGUUGGUUGACCCUCGUCCAAAACCAGUGCACCAAUCUGAAAGGCAAAGCACACGUGAUAGUAGUUGGUAGCCAUGCCGACCAGGUGAAGGAAAUGAGAGAAGAUCCACAAGCCAAAGCGAGAAUCUUUGCCCCCAUUAUCAAGCAAUUCCCAAAGUUUGAGUUUAAAGAGUUCAUUCCAAUGGAUUGCCGCUUUGCUGAUUCGAACGAUAUGACAAAAGCAAGAAAACAGAUUCAGAAAAGCUCUGCUAUUCUUCGUUCUCCAGAAACUAUCAGCUUGAAUGCUCACACCUUUUACAUCUACCUUGCCGAAAGCUUCAAAGACGACCUUGCUUUGUCGUUGAGAAAUGUCUAUGAAAGAAUCAAGAGCGAUCUUAACGAGGAUCUGUCAAAACGCACUCAAGAUAUUCUUUCUUUCAUACCCAGCACCGUCCCUCACCUUGUAGAGAUCUGUGACCAGCUACAUAAAAGAGGUCUCCUAUUGUUUCUCCGCAAUGACAGCUCUCCAGAGAAGUCUUUCUUAGUGAUUGACCAAGCAACACUUCUGUCCAGAGUCACUGGGACCGUGUUUGCUCCUGAAAGUUUCCGCCAACACUGCAAGCUAGCUUCAAGCACUGGAGUGGUGCCUUUGACGAAAUUCGAAAAAGAAUUUGAUGGCUUCGACAUAGAGAUGCUGAUUGCCUACAUGUCUCAUUUAGAGCUGUGUUUCGAAAUAUUAGACAAGCAAGUGUUGGAUUUCAUUUCGAAGGAGAUUGCUUCUUCCACUGACAGAGAUGCUUCUGUUCCUGAGUCUGACACUCGAUACCUCUUCUUUCCAGGGCUCAUUCGAAUCGAAACUCCAGAGCAAGUUUGGAAAGAUACUCAAAGCAUCAAGUACCACUUCGGUUGGAUACUUAAAACCUCUCAAAAAACUGAGUUUUUUGAUCCUCGCUGCUUUCAGGUUCUCAUUCUGAGGAUAGUGUUCACAUUCCGCCUUGCCCCUGCCAGUAACAUAAUGCAUGAUGUCCCUUCCCUACAGAGAUUCUGCUCUGUGUGGAAGAGUGGGAUCUGCUGGUGUGAUGAUGAUGGAAUCACUGCACACCUCGAGCUUGCUGAAAAUGGCCGAUCUCUUGUUCUCAAAAUGCGCACUGACACAGUUCGACCUGAAGGUCUGAUUCAUCGCUCCAGAAUUAUGAGCACAAUCUGUGAGACUGUUGAAAGUUUUGGCCGGAAUGUGAAUGUGAUUGAAUCAGUGAUUGAUCCAGAUGAAGUUAUCAAGCAUCCUCUGAAAAAUCCCUCUGACCUCCCACUGGUCAACAUCAAAGAUAUUGCAGCAGCUGUCUCCUCCAACAGAAGAAUGAUCAAAUCAACACAACAAGUUGCCUUAGCCUUCAAGCAUCUCUUACAGUUUGAGCCAUACGCUGGCCUAGAUCAAACCACCAUACAGUGUAUCCACAGUGACAAAAAUCCCAAGAAAGAUGAGAAAAUCUCCACAGCUUUCAUUUCAUAUUUUGCCAGUCAAAUUUCCGACCCUGACAGUGAAGAACAGGAUCAAGUAGUUCGAAACAGUCGUAUGUACAGAAGAAUCCUGAGCCCUUCCAUUGUCAAAAUCCCGCUAGUCAGUCCCAGACAGGAGGUGGUCCAGGCCCUUGAGAUGUGGAGGAGUGAAACUGAGGGAACUUACAGCUGUCUGAGGGAGACUCUCAACAAGUACAGCGUCUUCACUGGGAGAAACCCUCUGGACCUAGCGGGUGUGGCUCACAGCAAGGUUGAUCUCUCUGUAUUCCCAGAACCUCCUGCUACAGAUGAUACAGGAGAAGACUUGCUACCACUAGAUAAAGUGAAGAAUGCAGUCAUUGCAAUCACUGCUGACUGGUACAGUCUGGCAAUACAGCUGGAUAUUGACUACAAAACUAGAAAGGUCAUUGAGCGUGACCACCCAUCGGCAGAAGCUGGAUUCCAUGCCAUGUUGCAGCACUGGGUGAGGAGACCCUCCCCUCCUUCCUCCUGGUCGGCCCUCAUUAGAGCACUAAAGUGCCUCGUCAUCAAUCGAGCAGACAUUGCAGCAGACAUGGAGACACAUCAGAAUGUGUUGGGAGUAUCUAGAGAUGGUGAAUCAUCCAUUCCCUCUCAGGAUCAGCAAAACUUAUUUGUCCAAAAAGAGCCACUCAGUGUGGACCAGCACUUGAAGGUGGUGAGAGAGACCACCUGGGAAGCAAGAGCCAAAUGGAAGUGUCUGGGAGAACAGUUGGGAGUUACCAUGGGGAAAUUAGAGGAGAUUCAGCACAACCGUCAUCAUGUAGCUGGAGCUUGUUUAACUGGCAUGCUGGAGCACUGGUUGACCCAGACCGACCCUCCCCCCUCCUGGUCCGCUCUCAUUGAGGCUCUCAGAUCCCCUGCUCUUGGUCAGGGGGACAUUGCCAGUGAGAUUGAGACUAGGAUCACUCCACACCAUAGACAAGUGGACACAUGAAUUUUCAUGACUCAUGAUUAUAUGCACUGUAAUUUAUUUUUACUACGGUAUAAUUAUAAUGAUUAUAUUAUUGUAUUAUUUUCUAAUGAUCCCAGGGACUUUUCUGGGAAAUUUUCAUUGUUUUAAUAUA